AUGUUUCAAGCCAUCCUCCCCACUUUGUUUCUCCUGAUACCAUUGUAUUGCAUAUACAAACCGCCAAUUCUGCUCAUUCAGUACUGUGAACGUCGCUGGCCCGACGUGCUCUUCCGCGUGGACACAAAUAAAAAAGUGGUUGCGUUGACAAUUGACGACGCGCCCUCCAUACACACACCUACAAUUCUUCGUCUAUUGCAAUCGCACAAUGCAGCUGCAACUUUCUUCUUGAUAGGAUCGCAGAUCCCCGGGUACGAAUCCGCCUUGGCUGAUCUCGUCCGAGCUGGUAACGAACUCGCCAACCAUGCCAUGUUUGAUGAGCCGUCCCGGGCACUCAGUGACGACGUCUUGGCAGAUCAGAUCCGAGAAGUCCAUGCCAGAAUUCAAGAAGUGUAUGUCGCAGCUGGAAAUUCAGCACAGCCUGAGAAUUGGCUCUUUCGCCCUGGCUCCGGAUUUUUCAGCUCCCGAAUGAGAUCGCUUGUAAAGGAGCUGGGAUAUCGGCUGGUGCUCGGCGAUGUGUAUCCGCAUGACCCGCAGGUGCCAUUCUGGAAAUUAAAUGCGAGCCACAUUUUGAGUAUGGUCAAGCCGGGGAGUAUUAUUGUCUGUCAUGAUCGGAGAGAGUGGACCGUGCCUAUGUUGCAGAGGGUGUUGCCGGAGUUGAAUCGUAGAGGGUACCGCGUGGUCACAGUCUCCGCGUUAUUCAAAGAGACCGGUUCAAAUUGA